AUGUACAAGGAACGGAAUGGAGGAGGAGGAGGUGGUGGGUCGUCGAGAUCGGAUAUCCUCGGCGGAGCUAUUGAUCGGAAACGAAUCAACGACACACUCAACAAGAAGCUAGAGAAGUCUUCACCUUCCACAUCUAGGUCUUUCGCUUCUAAAGACAAAGAUCCCUUUUCCUUGGCCUCCACCGCUAAAUCUCAGCUUCCCGAUGUGGAAUCGGACACUGAUAGUGAAGGGUCUGAUGUGAGUGGAUCGGAAGGUGAUGAUACAUCGUGGAUCUCGUGGUUUU